AUGUCUUCCUUGGUUGUGACCCUUGUUCGGCGGGCGCUUUCUCAGGACGACGAUCUAAAGGCAAUCGACUUCGACUCGGCGUGCAGCCUCUCCGGUGGCAUGGCCUCCCUGGACAAGGACGUCGCAGGACGGGUUCACAGUCGCUUCGGUGCGGAUCAUGUUCUCACACCCAGGUACUGUGCGCCUGAGCGAGCGCGAGCGUCGGUGUCGGGAGAGUCCUGUCUGGCCACCAAGGCCACCGACAUCUGGUCCGUAGGAAUGGUGCUCUUCUGGCUCCUGACGGGGCAGGACUACUUUGAAAACGGUCUGACGGACAAGGAGGUGGUGAUGGCCCUGUGCUCAUCGGGGUUUACUGUGUCGUUGGCGGGCGUCGACCCAAAACAAGAGCAGGCCAAGAAAGGGUCUUUGUGCAACCACCUGUUGUCCGCGUUUGAUCGGGUAUUUUAUUGCUAUAUUUCUUUGCUCCAGGCUAGAAACUUGUUGGGGACAAUGCUGAGCCACUUACCCCAAGGGCGGGGGAGCAUGGACAGUGUCCUUGGUCGGGCGUUCUUUGCCGGAGGUGCGAGCGUCACCGCGGCAAAGAUGCAGGACUCUCGCUCGCACCGCGUACGAAGCCGAUGUCUUAAGCGGGUACGGGGGACCGAUGUCCUAAAUGGGGUCGUGACGGAGAGUGCCGCGCUAGUCCCUAACCGCAAUGCCCCUUCGACAUUGCCGUCUGCCAGAUCGCUACUGGAUGAAAGCAUGAAACGGCUCGAGUUCAGGGCCGACGAGAUUUUGAGCAAGCUGGGGAGGAUGGAUCGUAUGCUCGACCACGUGGUGGACGGGAACGCAGACUGCCCCCGCCUGUUCGUCUUGACUCCUGUCGAAGGAUCUCUAGAGAUAUGGAAGCCAGAUACGUGGUUCUCGGACUACAAUUUGCUCACCUUCCUGUGCGCGCACGACCUAGCGCCGAUCGGCAAGGGUAUCAAAGUCCCAUGCCCUAGGAGCAACCUCGAAAAAUGGGCACCAGCCAUUCAGGGAUCAACUUUCUCGCUGGACGGAAGUUGCUUCUCCGGGUUCACCGUGUCAUGCCUGAUAAAAGGCUUGCAAUUUCGAUAUCUUGAAGAGAUGCCAUCCCACCUCGGCAAAACUCCCAAGGUGUCAGCAGCACUACGUUCGGCCGCUGGCAAGGCCUUGGGAGACGUCAAGGGCUCCAAGUCUGACGACGCCAAGUACGACAGUGGCAGGAACCAGACGUUGCGGACCGAACAAAGGUCGGAAACGCCGGACGAGGAGGAGGGGCGGAUACUAACAGGGGAAGCGUACGAGGCCCUGGUGUCCUUUCUGGACGAAAAUGAUCCAUCAUGGAGGGCAACGUUGGCGGCGGAUAUGACCAAGGCGAUCAGGGGGGAUGGAAAGGCAAGCGUUUGACGGAGUAUCCUUAGCGAUGGCGGUGACGGUGUGUGGACGCACAUACGUCUUCCUAUCGAACAUUCGCACGUCCUUGAACUCAAAGCUUGUCCAAUGCCACAAGGUAUCUUGGACGUGUCACGAGCAUGCAUCCGCGUGGAAUCGAUCUGGCUCCGUUUCAACGGUGGCGGAGGAAGGCGGGAGCGGCUGCCGAACAACUGGCGUAAAGAUAUCCUCCUCGUCUUCUCUGGACGCUGGUGGUCCCGAUGCUAGCGAUGUACAAGGUCUCAUGAGUAGCAAGGCCUCGGUGGCCAUGCCACGAGCGAAAGAUGCCCUGGAGGGCGAUCCAUCACUCCUUGACACAGGAAGCAGAAGUGAGGCUGGUAGCGACAAGCCCGUCGGCCGUGGGAAUAAUCGCAAGCAAGGGAAAUCACUGGGGGUGUUUGCGAAGAUCAAAGGGCGUUUAGGGCGUCACGCGGGGUAGCAUAGACUCCUGUGUUGAAGGAACUGAAAACCUGAAUUGAGCUGUGGCAGUCACAGGGUCAGCCCAUCGUAUUACGAAUGCGCACGAAAUUACUGCAUUCGUUCGUUCCUUUGGUGAUAGUCGACUUCGUCCUGACCGUCUUGGAAGCAGAAACAUCCUUUGCCCGAUUUGGUGCUCGGAAGAUGCGUCUAGGAGCAAUACGAUCGCCCAGCAUCUAGACUUCUUUGGUAAAUAAUUACCAAGGUUCGUCCACCGCUCGCAGGAGACCUCACCAACAGUGCCCCUGUUCCAUUACAGUAGCGGCUACGGUUUAAGAGAGGGUCGGUACAAGCCAAUUUCACUCUCUUAAAUCCGGCUUUCUGUUAUAUCGUGUUGGCUACGGUAUAAGGGAGAAUUAUCUUAAACAGUAUCUCACUAUAAGAGAAUAUUCUCUUAUAUCGUAGACAAAACUAAAGGUCGUGUAACAGGGACUCUCGCGCACUGACUACACUCGAAUACCAAAAUAGGUCAUGAAGAGAGCGUAUCAUGCAUGUCACUUGCGCAGCUAGCGUUACCACGUCGGGCUACCUCCAAACACCGCUCAUUCUCUUGGUUGGCAAGCACGUGGACCCAAGUACUGCUGUACGUGGUGCCAUGGAGGUACUGCCCGCAGACUCCUCUACAUUGGUGAUUUGUGAACGCCGGCGGGCCUGACGUGUGAUCGGGGACAGCCGUGCAGCGACUGCCCGCCGCGCAGGGCAUGGUGUCUGCAGCUGUGUGGGUGUGUGAUGUGUGUGUGUGUCCACGUGGUUUCCAUAUUGUUCGACUUAAGAGGAAAAUCCCAGCUGCAAUAGGAAAUUUCUCUUAAAUCGAUUUUGAUUGGUACAAGCCAAUNGAGUGUGAUCGGGGACAGCAGUGCAGCGACUGCCCGCCGCGCAGGGCAUGGUGUCUGCAGCUGUGUGGGUGUGUGAUGUGUGUGUGUGUCCACGUGGUUUCCAUAUUGUUCGACUUAAGAGGAAAAUCCCAGCUGCAAUAGGAAAUUUCUCUUAAAUCGAUUUUGAUUGGUACAAGCCAAUUCGUCUCUCAUAAAUCCGUACUUUCUCUUAAAUAAGUUCUCUUAAACCGUAGCCGCUACUGUAUAAACAAACGCUGUUGAUCCUUUCACCCUGCGGCAAUCAAUUCCACUACUACACUCUUCCUUCUUCCCCUCGCUCCUCGACAAGCUUUUGCUUAGACAUGGGUUGUAGUGAAGGGGNCGUCGUACGUAAAAACAGGCAAGAAAUAUGCUAGGUACGAACAGCUUUGGUUCAUUUUCGAAAUGCUGAGUUUUAUAUGCAUUCUCUCCAGUCUACUAGCCAUCGGUAUGUCCCCACCGUUGGCCAUUGCCUGGUUGCGACAUUCCAAUCGCCCGAAACAGCGAAAACCAUACAGCACACGCAAAGGCUCAUUCGCGCCCAACCCCAAAGAAUCAAUACGCCCAGCCCAAUCCUACUUCUCAGGCCUCUUGCGACCUGGAAAGCAUGGUACAUGUUCGACGUCGUAGGUGUAAAUGUAAAUGUACGUCCCUUUUGCUUUCGAUGAUAACACUCCCUAGGCUCAUUUUUUAUUCCCAGGUUUUCCUUUUGUCUGCCGUUACAGUCGUCCCUUAAACAACCCCGAGUCCGUCCAAGUCUAAGGCCGACCCAAAUCGGCGGACACACGAACUCAACCACUCCAAGCCAGCAUGGCUUGGCACCCGAAAAAAGCCCUUUUGACACAUUCGGGCUUACUGCAGGAUAGUAGACAACUGUGCCUGGUCGACCUCGGUGUCGAGAGACGAGCCGUUUCUAAUCGCGCAACAGUGGUUGGCUUUAUGGUUGCCUGGGGACCCCCGAUGGGAGAGAAAGAAACGUCGGCUGAUGUUUAUAUUUUAUUAUUAUUAUUUUUCUUAAUAUGACACGAGUCCAUCUCUAUCAUAGAAAAGAGUCAUAGACAGAUUAACAAUGGAAUCAUAGCGUCAGAGAAAACUAUCUGUAUGUCUACGAUUUCCCAGACAGCAUAUAGGGACAUCUCCCCUGCGGGUAACAGGCUCAACAAAUCAGUUUCGUAGCUGUCUUGUGUGUCUCUAUGUUAUGUUGGGAAGGUGCAGACGAGAGGGGUUGGGUACUGUUGGUUAGUCGGGCGUUUUGUGUGUGGCACCCUGUUAGUUGUAGGACAUACAGUCUCCAUCAGUUUAAAUACGUAUUUUCAGUUUAGUAUGCAUAUGUGCGGAGUAUGUGCGGCUGAU